AUGCCAUUGGACAACAGACCUACCAUAUUGUGGAUUGGAGACGCUGUGAAGCACAAUCCAGCUGUCUACAAACGCCUUGAAUCUCAGUUCAGAAUCAUCAGACCCGAAGAAGAACAACGCCAACGCCCUGAAUUCCUGGAAGCACUUCGAUCCAAAACCUGGGGCGAGUUUGAUGCUGUUCUUCGACCUUUCUGGGUGACUGGUGGUGAGAUGGGUCGCUGGGACUCGGAGCUUGUACCAUUACUCCCUCAGUCAUGCAAGAUCUUUGCAAGUGCAGGCGCAGGGUAUGACUGGGCCGAUGUCGAUGUCCUAGCGGAGCAUGGUAUAGUGUAUUGCAACGGUGCACAAGCAUCAUCGGAGGCAGUCGCAGAUAUGGCUAUCUUCCAUAUACUGUCAGUAUUUCGCAACCUCACCUGGUCCCACUUGGCAGCUCGUUCAGGAGACACCGAGAAAUGGCUGGAUGCGCAUGCAAACGCCACCAUGACAGCUCACAACCCGAGAGGCCAUAUCCUCGGCAUUAUCGGGCUUGGAAACAUCGGUUACACUAUCGCGCAGAAGGCCUUUGCUGCGUUCGGCAUGAAGAUACACUACUUUGAUCUUGUCCGCAAGUCCCGUCAGCAGGAAGAAGCGAUCGACGCGACCUACGUCGACAACCUUGAAACUCUGCUAGGCGCUGCAGACUGCAUACUUCUAGCCACGCCGUUUGGCGGGAAAAAGAUCAUCGAUGCCGAGAGUCUGGCCAUGUUCAAGCAGGGAUCGCGUUUCGUCAAUAUAGCGCGAGGUACUCUGGUCAGUGAAGACGCGCUUGUGGAGGCUCUCAAGAGUGGCCAUCUGUUCGCUGCCGGGCUUGAUGUCUUCGGAGAUGAGCCGAACAUCCAUCCAGAGCUUCGCGAGAUGCGCAACGUGACUCUCACUUGCCACAAUGCUGGAGGAGCCAUCGAAACCAAUUACGGCUUCGAAAGAUUGGCGAUGGAGAACGUAGAAGCGAUGCUGCUCCACGGGAAGUCCCUGACACCUGUGAACGCACAUUUGAUCAAGAUGUAG